UUACUACUGCAGGCGCCAUUACCACUAUUGUCACUGCUACUGCUGCUGAGGCUGCUACUGCUGUUAUCGUCAUUUCCUAGUUUUCUUUAAUACUUUGAAUAUCACUUAAGCAGGUCAUGUCAGGCAGACAUAACACAAUAAAUCUACUACGAAACAGUUAAUCCAGCUAAACACACUAUGAAGAUUUCACCAGUAUCUAUCUUCAUCCUUGUUGCUGUAGCUGGGUCAGUCUAUUCAGUUACCCAACCCCCUUUGAUGACAGUUUACCCACCCACCUUGGUACCAUUUAAGGAUUCAGAGACUGUGCAGCUUCUGUGUCGGGCCACUGGCGAACCACAGCCUACGUAUACUUGGAAAAAAGACCUGCAGGACUUCAAUCCAGCUGGCAACGAUGACCGUAUCGUCAAGCUACCAAACGAGGGAACACUUGUGUUCAACCGACCCGAACAGAAAGACGUCGGAAUGUAUCAGUGUUUUGCAAACAACUCCCAUGGGACUGCCAUGUCGGUUGUCUUUGAUUUGCGUCGUGCCUACCUCCAACAGUACCCUAAUCAGGAUCCAAUAUAUUAUUCAAGAAGACCUGGAGCAGUUCUAAAACUCCCUUGUAAUAAACCUAGCAGUUUCCCUGAUGCCAAGAUGAUGUGGGUAUUGAAAGAGAAAAAUGGACAAUUUGAAGGCAUUGAUUUUAGUCAACGAAUCACAAUGGAUCAUGAAGACAACCUGAUCUUCACUAAUGUAUUAUCAAGUGAUGGCCACAAAGACAUCGCCUAUGCUUGCAUGGCUACCAACAAAUUUGUACGGCAGAACACACAAGGCAGAUCUAACUAUUUGACUGUUCAAGACAUGCAACCAGAAGAUUACGAACCCUAUCUCAUCAUUGGUACCCCUAAUGAGAUGACCUUUCUCAAGGGUCAGUCUGUGAACUUGAAAUGUAUAUUCGGAGGACAUCCAACACCAGAGGUGAGAUGGUCCCGAGAUGGUAAACCAAUACAACCGGAUACAAGAAUCAAAUUUGCCAGCUUUGGUCUUGAGCUGAAAAUUCCAAGUGCUGAGUUUGUAGAUGCGGGUAACUAUGAAUGCAGUGCACAAGCAACAGGCUCCAGCUUCAAACCACAACACGUCAUAAAAGUAAAAAUUCAUUCUAAACCUGAAUGGACCAUGAAGCCAGAAAGUAUUGUGACCAGUGCUGGCAGUUCGGCUUCCUUCUUCUGUAAUGCAACCAGCGAACCUGCCAUUGACAAAUUGAUGUGGUUUAUCAAUGGAAGAAAGAUUGAGGAUCUUCCCAAUCCAAAUAAGUUUCUGGUUAGGAAAACCAACCUGACAGUCAUCAACCUUACACCUCAAGAUGCCAUGACCAUCCAGUGUAACGUCAGUAAUAUCUAUGGCUACGUUUUCACUAAUGUCUUUCUAAACGUCCUUGCUGAAGCCCCAGAGUUGCUAGAAGACACGAACAUGAUUCUGAAGAUCUCCGAGGGUCAGACAGUAAACAUUACAUGCAAGACAACUGGCUAUAGUUCGGUGCAGGUGUUCUGGUCGAAAGACAACAAACAAAUAACUGGUGGCAGGUAUCGGACACUGAGCGAUGGUAACCUAAACAUCAAGAAUCUGGUCGUAGCAGACGCCGGCAUCUUCCGUUGUACAGCCAGUAACAAGUAUGGAAAGGUUUCAGCUACAAGGACGCUUAUAGUGCGACGUAAGACACGAAUUGAGCAGCGUCCCUUUAAUUUGGAAGCAAAUGAAGGGAGAGAUGCAAAGUUUACAUGUGCCGGUACAACUGACCCUAUGGAGGUUGAGAACCUGAGGAUUAUUUGGAUGAAGGAUGGCAAGGCCAUAGCCACCAAUGAGGAGAGAAUGAUCCAGAACAACCAGGACAAUUCACUGACCAUCAGUGGCAUAAUGAUAAGGGAUGCAGGCCGCUAUACGUGUAUGGCCACGAAUGGAUUGGACAGUGCCAAAGCAUCGGCUUUCCUCACUGUCAGAGCGAGACCAGAGGCUCCGACAAAGGUGGAGGUGCUCUGUUAUGCAGACUAUGCGACCGUCUCUUGGACAUCCGGAAGCACAAACAAUGCACCGAUACAGUUUUACAUAAUCCAGGCAAACACCAGUUUCGACCGUGACCAAUGGUCAAUGGUGGACAAGGUUCCCCCGUCUGAAACGAGAGCUGACAUCAUCCUGUCCCCCUACACCAACUACACAUUCCGUGUGGUGGCACAGAACAAAAUUGGAGAGAGUAAACCCAGUGACCAUGCCCCCAACAUGUGCAAGUCAAAGCCUGAUGGGACUGUGCCCUACCAACAACCAUCCAAUGUGCACACACGAGGCGAUCGCAAGAAUUACUUGACAAUUAUGUGGACAAUCAUGCCACCGAUCACACACAAUGGCCCUGACUUCAAGUAUGUGAUUGAGGUGAGAUUACGGAACAGUACCGACAUACCAAGCAUUCACACCAUCAAUAACUGGCAGGUGAACAACAUAUCCCUUUUGACCAACAAUAUCUACAAGCCCUAUGACAUUAAAAUGAGGGUGAAGAACAGCAUAGGGGAUGCCAACAAGAACCCUAUAGAGAUUGUUGGAUAUUCAGGAGAGGAUACCCCAAAUACUAUAGUGACCAAUCCAAGAGCAGGAUUAAUUGGGGCAACAACAGCGAUCAUCACCUUUGAUGCAGUUGACCCUAAUUCGCUCCUCAUCCGUGGCAAGUUCAAUGGAUAUAAGAUCCAGUAUUGGAAGCGCAACCAGAAACGGAGCACGUUCCAAGACUAUUCCUUCUACAUUGAUGACAUAGAAGACAAAAGCCAAACCCGCAAAAAGCGUAGUGUCAAUUCGGGCGAGGUGACCCUCCAGCUGAAGAAUGUCUACCCUUACUCUGAUAUUGAGGCCCAGGUGCUUGUCAUGAAUUCCUACUAUGUAGGUCCACCAAGUGACGUCUUUAGUUUCAAGACAGAAGAAGGAGUUCCUGGACCUGUUCCUUUCCUGAGAGCAGCUGUGAGGGGUUCUAACCACUUCCUCUUAGAUUGGAAGGUGCCUGAUGACAAGAAUGGUUACAUUGUUGGCUAUGAUAUUGGAUUCCAAACAGUGAAUGGAUUGAACUUAGGGAAGCUUCGUGAUAUGGAACCUCAAGUGACAGAUGCCUCUUUGACGCAGAUCCGACUAACAGGUCUCCGUUCGUCUCAGUUAUAUCGAGUGUUCAUUUGGGCUCGUACCAUUAUUGGUAAAGGUGACCCUUACUUCAUUGACGUCUCAACAAUUCAACCAAGUACCCCAGCUGUACCAACAUUUUCCUUUGUCCACAUUGACGUCCAUUAUGUGAACAUCUCUUGGCCAGAGAGUCUGAAGACUGACAAGCAUGGCAGUGUUUACUAUAUUGAGUAUAGGAAAGAAGAAUCUUCCGACUGGCAGCAGACGACUGAUGAGUCAGUGUUUAGCUGGAAAAAUGUGACCAAUCUUGAGGCAGGAACUGACUACGAAUUCAGACUGGUGGCCACAAAUGGAAAGGUGACACAAGCAAGUGACAUACAAGUUGUAACUACAUAUGGACACUAUGUGGGCUUUGCAGGAACCAGUGGCUGGUUGUAUGGAAUGCUGGUGGCGCUACUAAUCCUUGUAUGUAUUGCUAUUGCACUGUACGUACUACGGGAGAAGAUAUCAGAGCGAAGGCGCGAGUCUUACAAAAAGAACAUGGGAGACGACGAAGUGGAGAUAUUCACAGCGCGACAAAUAAACAGCUUCUACAAUUUUGUUGACCGACUGCCCAAGUUGUACGGCUCCAAGACUUAUAUUGAAAAUGCCCCAGAAUUCCGUGAUGAUAAGGGUUACGUCAACGAUGGGGGACAUCGAUACGGAACAUCAGUAACUGACAGACUUACAAAAGAGACAAGUCAUGAUGACAGUAGCAUCCACAAGAGCCGCAGCAACAUGAGUGUGACAGACGGGGCACCAAGUCCCGGCAAGGAUCAGUACCUUCCACCCAGGUACGAGGACCAACCCUACAGCCAAACCUACGACCCCAACUACGAUGAUUAUCGUCACCCUAAUUAUGAGAACUACAGCUCUGACCCUGCAGAGAACAUCAAAGGAGACCAAUACUAUGGUGACGGUGCCGAGGGUUACUACCCUGAGGGCACUGAAGGUUACUAUGGGGACGGUUACAAUGCUGAAGGUUACAAUGCUGAAGGUUACUAUGAUGAUGGUUACUAUGGUAACGAUUACUAUGGGGAUGACUCCAAUAACUAUGGUACUUAUGAUGAUGGUGCCUAUGAGGAUUACCAGCGCAAACGGCAGAGUGGCCUCUCCAAUACUGGGGCCAAUGAUGUCCCCCUUAAGUUUACAAGUUCUAGUAUGAAUGAUGAUAAGAAAGACGAUGGCUCUGGAGGGACAGGACAUAAUGCAAUGACCACUUUUGUUUAAACAUCAGGGGUGGAGAGCAUCAGUGGUGGAGAAUAUUAAUGUGCCUUGAGGGGGUGAGUAAUCAGUGUGGCAAAUAGCACCCUCAUGUCUUACUCCACACUCCCCAGCCCAAUUGUCCCUUUAUGUCCCUUUGCCCUCAUCUGCUAUUUUCUAAUUACCCCUUCUCUUUCCCACCACCAUCUAAGUCUCUCUUUCUUUUUUUACCUCAAUCUCUGUGCACACACACACACACAC